AUGUCUCUUCGCCUUUCCAGUGGUACCAGGAGAUCUUGCUCCCGGCCCACAACAGGUUCUGUCAGGCUCUCUAGUGGAGGGUCAGUCUUUGGGAGUGGAAAUGCAUGUGGGGUACCUGGCAUUGGAAGUGGCUUCUCUUGUGCUUUUGGGAGCAGUUCCACUGGAGGAAAUAGUAGCAUUUCCUGUGCUAACUUUGUGGGAAGCGAAGCAGGGCUUCUCUCUGGCAAUGAAAAGGUGACCAUGCAGAACCUUAAUGACCGCCUGGCUUCUUACCUGGAUAAUGUGCGUGCCCUGGAAGAGGCAAAUGCUGAUCUGGAGGACAAGAUCAAGGGGUGGUAUGAGAAAUUUGGUCCUGGAUCUUGCCGGGGUCUUGAUCAUGACUAUAGCCGAUACUUACCAAUAAUUGAAGAUCUUAAGAAUCAGAUCAUUGCUUCAACCACCAGCAAUGCCACUGCUGUCCUACAGAUCGAUAAUGCCAGGCUCACAGCUGAUGACUUCAGACUGAAGUUUGAAAGUGAGCUGGCUUUUCAUCAAAAUGUCGAAGCUGAUGUUAAUGGACUGCGAAGAGUCCUGGAUGAGCUGACCCUAUGCCGAACAGACCUGGAGAUUCAGUAUGAAACUCUGAAUGAGGAGCUGACUUACCUCAAAAAAAACCAUAAAGAGGAGAUGCAAGCUCUCCAGUGCGCUGCUGGAGGAAACGUGAAUGUGGAGAUGAACGCUGCCCCAGGGGUGGAUCUGACCCUUCUGCUGAACAAUAUGAGGGCUGAGUACGAGGACCUGGCUGAGCAGAACCGCAGGGACGCUGAAGCCUGGUUCAAUGAAAAGAGUGCAUCUCUGCAGCAGCAGAUCUCGGAUGAUGUUGGCGCCACGACAUCAGCGCGGAGUGAACUGACCGAAAUGAAACGCACCCUUCAAACCUUAGAAAUUGAGCUUCAGUCCCUCUUAGCCACGAAACACUCGCUGGAAUGCUCACUGACUGAGACAGAAGGGAACUACUGUGUGCAGCUCUCACAAAUCCAGGCCCAGAUCGGGGCCCUGGAGGAGCAACUGCAGCAGGUCAGGACCGAGACCGAGGGCCAGAAGCUAGAGUACGAGCAGCUCCUGCAUAUCAAGGUCUAUCUGGAGAAGGAGAUCGAAACUUACUGCCUCCUGAUCGAUGGAGAUGAAGGAGCUUGCAAGUCUACAGGUUCCAAGUCUAAAGAUCAUGGAUCUGGAAAUCUGGGAAGUCCAACUAAAGAGUUGGGUAAAGCCAUUGUGGUGAAAAAGGUGCUUGAGGAAAUUGACCAACGAAGCAAAGGCCUCACUACCAGGCUCCAAUCUCUGGAAGAGAAGGCCCCAGGCAAUUAACCAGUGAUGAGCAGAGCAGAGGGUCUCAUGCUCAAUCCUUUAGAGAAGAGGAAUUGAGAAACCAUCUGGAUAUAUAAGCAGCUCUAAGCAGAGAAAAAAAUGUAGCUUUUCCUUUUAGGUCCUGAAAUGUAGCUUCUUUCUGUGCAGUAGGUGUGGCCCAGUUUGUUUAGCCAUAUGCACACACACA